UAUAAUGUGAGUCUGUGUUUUGUGUCCUUAUGGCUGAAACGAUCCUUGCCGCUCGUCAGGUACGCUCUCAUGAAAGUAUAUGUAUAACUCUACAUGCAUUACCUUACCUAAGUUAAACUGCAAAUUCAAUUACCAUUUAUGACUAAAGGAAUCGUUUGGUGGUUGUUAGGAAAAUGCCACCAAGGAGAGGUGCACGUAGGGGUGGCCGAGGAGGCCGAGGAAGGGGAGCAGGACGCGUUCAGCCUGAGGUGCAGCCUGUAGCCCAAGCCCCUGACCCGGCUGCGCCAGUUACUCAUGCGGACCUAGCCGCCAUGGAGCAGAGGUUUAGAGAUAUGAUUAUGCAGAUGCGGGAGCAGCAGAAGCCUGCCUCGCCAACUCCGGCGCCAGCUCCAGCGCCAGCUCCAGCACGAGUUCCUGCUCCAGCUCCGGCUCCAGUACCAGUUGCGCCCCAGUUUGUGCCGGAUCAGUUGUCGGCAGAGGCUAAGCAUCUGAGGGAUUUCAGGAAGUAUAAUCCCACGACGUUCGAUGGGUCUUUGGAGGACCCCACCAGGGCUCAGAUGUGGUUAUCGUCCUUAGAAACCAUAUUCCGUUACAUGAAAUGCCCUGAGGAUCAGAAGGUUCAGUGUGCUGUUUUUAUGUUGACUGACAGAGGUACUGCAUGGUGGGAGACCACAGAGAGGAUGCUAGGUGGUGAUGUGAGUCAGAUCACGUGGCAGCAGUUCAAGGAGAGUUUCUAUGCGAAAUUCUUCUCUGCCAGUUUGAGAGAUGCCAAGCGGCAGGAGUUCCUGAACUUAGAGCAGGGUGACAUGACCGUGGAGCAGUACGAUGCGGAGUUUGACAUGUUAUCCCGCUUCGCUCCCGAGAUGAUAGCGACCGAGGCGGCCAGAGCUGACAAGUUUGUUAGAGGCCUCAGACUGGACAUUCAGGGUUUGGUCCGAGCUUUCAGACCUGCUACUCAUGCCGAUGCACUGCGCCUGGCAGUGGAUCUCAGUUUACAGGAGAGGGCCAACUCGUCUAAGACCGCUGGUAGAGGUUCGACGUCUGGACAGAAGAGGAAGGCUGAGCAGCAGCCUGUUCCAGUGCCACAGCGGAAUUUCAGACCCGGUGGUGAGUUAUUGUUCACGUAA